GGAAUUGUGGGAUGGUAUCGAUGUUAGUAUGUUCUUAUAAUGGCCGUGACAUUUGUUUUUGAGUUGGAAUAUCAGCAUGGGUGAUAUAAUUUGUAUAGUGGCUGAAUUUUCUACAAGAUCCUUCAAUCCCUGGAAUCAUUUUAUGAAGUAAAUUACAGUCCUCGAAAUCUAUGAUGGCAUAUGAAAAAGCUGUGGCAUUUUAUGGAAACUCCAUGCAAAAUCUCUGUGAGUAGUCACUGAUGUAAACCUAGUGCAGAAUUCAGCAGUUAAAAAUAGCUUGGAGAUUCUUGUUAAAAAUCACUUUAAAAAGUUUGCCAUUCCAUUUACCUAAGUAAGAAUGAUUAACUCACCUAUCACUACAAGCAUCAAGAACUCGCUAAACAUUGGUAAACAGGUGUCUAGUGGUUCUCAUUCAUCACUUCUGAUGUCUCGUGUGGAGUUUACAGCUAGUGACAAUGAGCAGUCCCUUGUAGCUCAGUCUUUACAGACCAAGUAUCACCAUUUGGGUGCUGGUGACACACAUUUUAAUGGACAGAUAAAGUCAAGUACAAGUGUGGACCAUAACAAAAAUUCUCAUGUAAAACAUUCAAAUAUGGUAAAUGGAGGUGGUAGAAAACUUCACCCUCCUUCAGAUGGAAUCCCUCCUCCACGAAUUCAAAUCCACCCUCAAAACAACAUUCAUUUAGAAUGGAAGAAGAUACACAAGAUUGGGGCUGGACUGGUUAACCUGGGAAACACCUGUUUCAUGAACACUGUCAUACAGUGCUUGACCUACUGUCCUCCUCUUGCCAAUUACUUAUUACAUGAAGAUGACCAUUCUUCAAGAUGCAAGAUUAUGGGAUUCUGCAUGAUGUGUGAGCUGCAGAAGCACAUGAAACGUGCUUUAGACAGACCAGGAGAAAUUAUCAAGCCCCUAUACAUAUACCAGAAACUGAAAUCUAUAGCCAAACAUUUUCAGUUUGGACGCCAGGAAGAUGCCCAUGAGUUUUUACGUUAUGUUGUAGACAACCUGUGGCGAGCUUGUUUAUCAAAUUAUGAUGGCAAUGUCAAACUUGAUCCUUCAAGUAAGGAAACUACUGUGGUAAAUCAUAUAUUUGGAGGCUACCACAGGAGUCAAGUUUUGUGUCUUCGCUGUCGAGAAAGAAGCAACACAUAUGACCACUUCAUGGACUUUAUUUUGGAUAUUAAGCAGAGCGUUCACAGUCUAGAGAAAGCUUUAGAAAAAUUUAUACAGCCUGAACUCCUUCAGAAUGACAAUGCUUACAAGUGUCCAAAGUGCAAUAUGAAAGUUUCAGCACAGAAAAGAUUCACUGUCCAUAGAGCUCCUAAUGUAGCAACAUUUCAGUUUAAACGAUUUGACUACAAUCGAAUGUUGGGAGGCAAAAUAACCAAACAUGUAACAUAUCCUGAAAAACUGAACUUGCGACCAUACAUGUCAGACACAAAAGGUAUUCCAAUGGUCUAUGGGUUGAAUGCUGUUCUUGUUCAUAUGGGGAGUAGCUGUAACUCUGGCCAUUACUUCUGUUAUGUCAGAAACUCUAAUGGAUUGUGGUAUAUAAUGGAUGAUGCACGAGUGCAGCAAGUUAGUCUGAACCAGGUGCUUAAUCAACAAGCCUAUGUCUUGUUUUAUGUCAAAACAUCAUUCAGGGAAGUCAAGAAACCUCAUUCAGCUUGUUUGUUAAAUCAUAAGGUUUCUACAAAUGUGAAACACUCACCACAACGAAGGCCUGUGUCCCAGUCUUCUAGUGACUUGUCAUCUAAACUGUCACGCAACACUGUCAAACAACUGUGUGGACCCUCUGUUAUACAAGCUCCAUCAAACUCUUCUAUUAAUGGUAUCACAAAUGGUGUAUCUUCCACCAAGAAGACAUUACCUGUUCCUCUUCAGCAGAACCGAGAGAAGGUAUCAUUCGGUAUCCGACGUUUUCCUGCAGUUCUAGACAAGAAACCAGGAACAUCUACCAGCAAACCUAUAUCUGGUUUAGUGCCUUAUACUGAAGACUCAACUGAAUCUUCAGAUAAUGAGAAAAAUGUUGAUGAUGGAAAAAAGCCAGUCAGUGUUCAGAGCAACUCUCUUCAUCAAAUACAUAAUAAAGGUACUCAUUCUGAUCCUGUUCCUAGUCAUGACGAAGCACCUGUUGUUCAUAAAGAUGCCACUACAGUUAAAGAAUCAAAUGAUAGUGUGAUUCUCUCAAAUAGGAACAAUGUAGGUCUCAAGCCAGCUAAUACUCAUCUUGAGUCUUCAAGCAAGGUGAAAGCUACCUCUACAUGGCAUGUGACAGAUACGAGUCUACAUUCACCCUCAGUUGCCUCUGGCUCCAGUAAUAACAGUGUAAUUUCCACAACUGAUUGGAAUGUAAUAGACCAACAAGAUGUGUUUAAUAAGUUGAAGGGAGAUCGAGCAUUUCCUGGUUGGACUGUUACUUGUAAUGAAAAAGACUCAGCAAUGGAUAAAUUGAUUCCUCAUAACUCCUUAAUAGAAAGGGGUAAGCCUAAUAAUCCUCAACUUUCAACUAGUUGUCAGUCGAGUGAUCUUAAUCUGGAGGUGAAUGAUCAAUACUAUGAACCUGCAGUAAAUCAUCCUGCACAACCAGUGGUGUCCAAUGCUAACACUACCAUUAAUAGUAAUAAACAAGCUCUUAUCUCUGAUGUUUGUGUACAGUCCUCGUCUAAUGUUAAUCAAGACAUGAAAACCCCUGUUAACAAGGAUCGUGAAAAAAGUAAAGAACAAAACACACAUUCACCCACCAAUCGGGACUUUCGAGACCAACAGAAAAGUAAUGAGUGGGACAAAAGCAAAAGUGAGGACUCCAAAAGUGAGUCUAAGAGAAAAUGUAAUUCCAAAGGUGUCUUUGAGCUUUUUCCAAACUCUAGUAGGAAACUUCACCAACCUGACUUUUUUGAAUGUAGUGAAAAAAGCAGUCAGUCAGUGCAUAAAAAACACAAAUCAAAGCACAGAAUCGAACUUGAAGAGGAACGAGAGCAUGAGCGAGCCAUUGAAAGAAAGCAGUCUGACAGUUCAAGCUACCACAGGAACUCCAAACACAAAAACCAAAGUUUCCAAGAAAACCACACCAGUAGUCUGCACAAAGACAGAGAUCGAAGUGACUCGAAAUAUAUCAAAGCCAGCCACCUUCAAAAUGAGAAAGUAUUAAAAACAGGAGGAGGAGAUGAUACUCAGUUUUCUUUGAAUGAACCAACUGAGAGAAGGACAAAGUUAAAUGGUAACCAAAACCUAUUAGAGCAGUCUAGCAACUACAGGUAUGAUCUCAAUGAUUUGAACAAUUGGCAGCAGAAGUCUGAUGUAGAGCAGCAGAGUGUAACCUCUAGAUUUUUAGGUGAAAAGCAGCUUAAACAUCAUUAUAUUGUACAUGACAGGAGGAGACAGUUUAAAGAAGAUUAUAGUGACAGUGAUAGUAGUGUUAGUAUUAAAAUUCCUGAAAAAAGAAGAAAGCUUAAAGAUAAUAAAAGGAAACAGUCUAAAGCAGACUUUAGUGACAGUAGUCAUAAGAAAAUAGAUCAAGGAAGUAAAUAUAAAGAGGGAAAAGUGAAGCAGUUUAAAGAAGACUCUCUUGACAGUGAAAGUAGUGAUAGCUAUGAAGAAGAAUGGGUUGAGAAAACCAAAGAGUCGUUAGAAGCAGAAACAAGAAAAUUCAAACAAGCUGAAGAUCUGAACAUGAACAUGGUGCCAAGUAAAGUUUGGGAUGAAGAUAUUCAAGUUAGCCAGGACCAGUAUAAGCAUAGUGCUUCUAGUGUUCGGUGGGAUGGCAGUCAGAAAUCAGACGUCUUGACAGAACUACUCAAAUGUUCAAACAAAAUUUAUGGAGGAGAAGUGAAAUCAUGGGAUGGGAAUACAAGUCAUCUUGAUCAAAUCUCUCAGAGUGAAGCUAGACAAAAACAACAGAAUUCAGACACUUAUGAUGAAGAAUAUGACAAGGGAAAGAUGAAGAAGGUGAAGAAGCAUUCUUAUGAGACUACAUUUUCCUCCUCCAACCCAUUCCAGAAACUGUACAAUCAUAAAAGAGAAAGAAAAGAUCAUUAUUCCUCU